AUGAUUCGACGGGCAUGGACGUGCUCUCGGUGCCAGAGGGGUGUUGAGGACACACAAUUACCCUAUCACGUUCUUCACGCAGCUGCUCGUGCGCAUCUUCGGGUUUGCGUUGGUCCCAAGUUUACCAUGGCACAGAAUUUUGCCAAGUGUGUUUCGAUGAAGUUGACAAGGCAGUCCUUUGGUGCAGUAAACUGCGCCCGCACUGCGCGGCGGCGUGCUCGCCUCGGUCAGCUGUCCAUGGCUGGCAAAAACGACCACCAAGUGGUGGAGGUGCUUUGUCCUCGGGUUGAGGGCUCUUCGACGGUGACUUGGCUCUCUUGUCAGCGUUGUACACGAUUCUUUACGCACGUUGGGCAGGUUCAGGGUGGCAGUUGUCGACCGCAUGCGCGCAAAGCCAUCUUGCGGCGGAAGCAUUGCCUAUGGCGCCACCUGCGUCUUCAUCACAAUGGGCGUAUUGGCGGGCUUGCUCAGGCGUGGAGGCUGUCGUUGACUGAAGCUCGCUUACUCGAGGGGCUGGCGGAGAAGAAAUACAAGAAAGCAUGGAGGCAGGUGACGCCUCUCCAGAGCUGUUCGUGGUUGCGGGAUCUCUGCGCUGAUGGUGACGUAGAACCUCACCCGGGACCUUUACGUGCGGGUCUCCUGAACGUCAACGGCAUGGCAGGGGCAUACCGGGCCCUUGGUACAUUUGAUCGCCUGCGUUGCGGUUUUGUCGUGUUGUUGGAGACGCAGGCCAACCGACAUCAACAUGCUCAACUGCAAAAGGCGCUUCAGAAAAAGGGCUAUCGCACAUUUGGGUUCCCUGGACGUGAAGGACGUGAUGUGCGUGGACGCCCGUUUGUACGGGGUGGUUUGUUAGUGGGUGUUCUGGGCCACAUACGCGCUCGGUGUGUUCGCACUCAUUGCUCCUUGCAAGGUGACCUGCUCACCUUUGACUUCUUCUCUUGCUUCAUGGCGGUCGGCUGGCAACGUGAAGCAGGUCUCUCCCAAGGAGGGUUGGGCGAUGAGUUGGCCAUCUCGAGGCAUUUGGCGGUGGAGCGUGGCGUACCCUGGUCGGCGAUGUGUGACUGGAAUGUAACGCCGUCAGACAAUGUUCACGUGCAGCACGAUGGCUUGGAGUGGCUAGCCCCAUGUGAUUCGCAAGGCUUGCCGUUACCGUCGCGCUUUGGAUCUACAAGAUGCAUCGACUAUGUCGUUCAUGAGCAUCCUUCUCCAUGGACAACGGUGAAAUUCGGGAGCGAAGCGAUCUCGGAUCACAAAGUGCUCGUUUUCCAGGGUGCGUUUCCCGCUUACCGCGAGUGUGUGGCCUACAUGCGGCCCACGCCGCGAUAUGGUUGCCCAUCGAGUUACUCCAAAAAGCAAUGGCAGGAUCUUCUUGCACAGUGCUGGGCCCGUCGCGAUCAUCCUGUUCCGCGCGGAGAGCCCGAUGCCGAGUGGGAUGCUUUUUGUUGUGUGGUGGAGGAUGUGCUGAGAGAAGCGUCGGAUGCGGCAGAUACUAGGGUAAACAGUAUGGCCACUCGCCCUAAAGGCUCCCGCCCUUCCCUUAUGAAGCAGGGCGAGUACUGCAAGUUGGUGCAUACGCCGCACAGCUUCAAAGCUCGACAGCUUGAGAAGCUCUUGGCCCGCCUCCAUGAGGCGCAGCGUCAGCGGAUGUGUGGAGGAUGUGAUCCUCGACUUGAAGCUGCUAUUGAGCGUACGUGGCCCCCUGAGUUCCAGCCCUUCGUGGACUAUGCCUCGGCGGUCGACGUUGUGAAGGCGGAGCUUCAACAGUUGCGGGACACAGAGAUGCGACGCAGGGUUUCGUCAUGGAAGCGACGUCUCUCACAGGGUGGAAGUGAAGCUACCAGAUGGCUCAAGGCUCAGACUACAGUGGCCCCACACACUUUGCUGGUCAAACCAUCUGAGGCGGGCCUCCAGCCGCGCAUUGCUGCUUCGACUGCUGAGUUCUUUCGAGAAUUGAGGGCUUUCUGGGGUGAGAUUUGGGACAGGGCCGAUCUUCCUGAAGAGCUCCAGCGUCUUCGGGAAGGCCAACUUUCACGGCCUCAUGGUGCGCCCAUAGAGGGGGAUUGGCGGAUCUCGCCGUGUGAGUUUCGAGAGGCUCUCAAGGCCAAAGCUCAUGGUGCUGCGGGUUGUGACGGCUGGAGGCCCGAGGAGCUGUUACCACUUCCCCUGGAUACAUGGCAUUGCUUCCUGACCCUGUGGCAUGACUGGUGCGAGCGUGAUGCUUUUCCUUCAGCUCUGCAGCAUGCCAAGCAGGUCUUUUUGCCCAAAACUGAGGUCAUUGACGGCGUGGCAGCAGUGGAUGCGCUUCGUCCCAUUUGCGUUCAACCUGUAUUGUGUCGUGCCAUUUCGAGUUGUAUGGCCUCGAGAUCACAGUCGUGGAUGCUUUCCAAAGUCCGUGCUGACACUCUUGGCGCUCUCCGUGGGCGAAGCGUUGAGGCGGCCGUGCUUGCUUUGGAUGCGGCGUUUCAGCAGGAUUCCAUUUUGAUGAGCCUGGACCUCUACAAGUGCUUUGACUUAGUUUCGCCAGAGUUAGCCAUCGGUUUGCUCGAGCAUGAGGGCCUGCACCCUCAAUGGGCCCGCCACUUGAGGCACAUGUGGUGCAAGCAGAUGCGAUGGCUACAGAUUGGGGCUUGGACUGAUCCGUCGCCGGCGGAGGUCAACAAUUCUGUUCCUCAAGGGUGCGCAAUGGCGCCUUUGGCUCUAGUAUGUCUGUUGCUUGAAGCAACGUCAGAUGUGGCGAACACUGCGGCAGACCACACCUUCUGUCAAACAGUUUUUGUUGACGACCGUGCCCUGGUUGCUGUUGAACCCGCAGUUGCUGUAGGUGCAUGGCGAUGCUGGGAGUCAUGGUGUGCUAGGCUGGGCCUUCGGGAGAAUGUGAAAAAGCUGUGUGUUCUUUGCUCAGAUUCCCAGAAACGGGCCGAGCUUGUACGUCUUGGUGUUCCAGUCCAAAGUUUCGCCGAUGAGGCCAGAGUCCUUGGAGUUGAUUUUCAAACUGCAGACUGCGAGGAUUUGGCUUCCGCUUCUCAUGACCAGCGUGUGGCCGUUGCAGAGGGCAUACUGCAGCGAUUGGCUCGUCUCCCAGUCUCCAACUCGAUUAAGCGGAUGCUUUUCAGGACGAGGGCUUCUCCUUUGCUUACAUGGGGGGUGUGGUUUCAAGCUGACGACGCGGCUCUUGAUUUCAAGCUCACGACUCGCAUCAAACGUAUCGUCGGCCAAGUUACGACCAUGGGCUCACGGCAUCUAUGGCAACUACUGGAAGGACAUUGGACCUCACCAGCUUUUGCGGCUUCCGUGGCAGCAGUGGCUUCCUUCCUGCGGGCGCGACACUACUGGCUACAGCACCACGUUCUUCUUCGACCUGGGCGGUGGCUACGACGGGUUUGCGCUGUAUUUGGGGACGCGGACUUCACGCCGGUGAGGCCGACACUUUGGCGACAUCCUGCGCUGGGGCGGGUUUCCUGGACGGAACCUACUUGCCGUCUGGCAAUAGGUCGGGUGGUGCAUGCGCUACGUGAAGCACACAGGCGACGACUUUUCGACCUCUUCCUGGCUCGCGACCGGCGCGACUCACGCUUGUUGCAGCACGUGAACUAUGACGAGCAGCAGGUCCGGGCCGCUUCUCGACUAUAUGCUCAAGCUGGCGGACAUCAACGGGCAGUUAUGCAUGGAGCGGCGCUCAGCACGGCCGUCUACGGCGUCAUUCGGGAUGGAUUCGCGCCCCCGCGGUGCGAGUGGUGCAUGCAGUGGGUGGUUCCUUCCUGGGAGCACUUGGUGUGGAAUUGCGCGUUUUUCAGUCGUGGCAGACCUCCUCGACCAGCUCUUCCUCUUCGCGGACGUUUGGGCUGGCCGUGGCGGACCGUGACUCGCCAGGCGCGUAGUGUUCUGGACUUCAUGGCGGGCGUGCGUAAGCAGCUUCUGGACGUGCAUGGCUUCCACGUGGAGGCCUAG